AUGGCUUCCGCAGUCCACUCCCCGCUGUUGGGCCCGCUUGGAGGCCUGAGCAGCAUCGUCCUCUCGCCCUUCUUUUCAGGCCCUCUCCUGGUUGGCGCUACGUAUUACCCCGAAACUCUGCGCAAUGCCGCCGCUUCGGUCCUCGAGAGGCUCCCGGAGCAGCUUGGCGCUUUGCUGUCACGCGUGACGCCCGAUGAUUACUCGACGGCCAUGACCGUCCUGAAGGUCGCAGUGGCCCUGGGCGUCAUCGGCAAGGUGAACAGCACGCUGAGCACCAUGGCCCACAACUCGUGGCGCUUGGGUCCGGCUAAGGGGUGGGACUGGCCCAAGGAGAUCGCCGUGGUCACGGGCGGCGCUAGCGGCAUCGGAAAGGACACGACGCUGAAGCUUGCGGCCCUUGGCGUGCGCGUGGCCGUGCUGGACAUCCAGGACCUGCCCAAGGAUAUGCAGGGGAAUGCAAGCAUCCGCUUCUACCACUGCGAUGUGACGUCCACCGAGUCCGUCGCAGCCGCUGCCGACGCCAUCCGCAGCGAUUUCGGCAACCCGUCCAUCCUUGUCAACAACGCCGGCGUGGCUCAGCCCAAGCCCAUCCUGAAGACCGACCCGGCGUUCCUCCGCACCAUCUUCGGCGUCAACCUCAUUUCCAUGUGGUUCACCACGCAGCAGUUCCUGCCGUCCAUGAUCGAGCAAAACAAGGGCCACGUGGUAACCGUCGCCAGCAUCGCCUCCUUCGUCGCGCUGGCCACGGCUGCCGACUACUCGGCGACCAAGGCCGGGGCCCUGGCCUUCCACGAGACGCUCGCUUCCGAGCUCAAGCACCACUACAAGGCGCCCGACGUCCUAACGACCGUAGUCCACCCCAACUUUGUCAGGACGCCUCUCAUCCAGGACUUAGCUGCCCGCCUGGAGAAGGGCGGGGUCCGCCUGCUCACGAGCGGCGAGGUGGCGGAUGUGAUUGUUGACCAGAUCAAGAGCCGGAGGGGCGCUCAGCGGGUCAUCCAGAGCUCUGCAACGAUCCUGGCUGGGCUCAGAGCCUGGCCGUCGUGGCUCCAGGAGUUUGUGCGCGACAUUGUCGGGAAGGGAACGGCCCCGAGGCGUCGCCGUUAG